AUGGAACAUGAGUUUGAGCAGGGUAAAUAUCCCGACAUCCGCCGGCGGGAAAUUAUAGCUGCUGAAAUUGGCUCCUCAGAGGCACGAGUGCAGGUAUGGUUCCAGAACAGACGUGCCAGACAAAACAAACGCUGUCACCUAAGUGACACGUGUCCUGAUGGCAGUGUGCUAAAGAACACGAGUAAAAGACAACGAGUUGAACAGCCUGCUACUAACAGUCAAAACACUGAGACGAUGAUUGGGCUUCCGCGUAUGGCCACUUCAUUUAGUCAAAGUUCCUCAGCCGCCGUGUAUCACAGUGUGCAGCCUCAGUUAUUUUCUGCUUACCCACCCGCGUACUUUCACGGUCUUGUUCUGCCAUCUCUGGGGAAUCUUCAGAGUGUUUGUACGUCACUUCCGCAGGAAACCAAGAACGAGGAUGAUACAGCAGACGACAUUGUCAAACGUCUCUUCAGGUUUAGCGCACGUGACGCCAGGCCUGCAACCAUACAACAACAACAACAGGAAGCUGACGAACAACAACAGAAACAGGUGUAUCGUAUGGUUGUUCCAACUAAGAAAGCUACAGACUGUUCAGUGACAGAGCUUCGUGUUUCUGAAAGUGCUAGGGACGUCCGAGAGGAGUGUGUGUUUACACUGGAGGAUGAGGAUUCGGGGCUCGCAAAUGACUCUUUCAGUGACUCUAUGUAG